AUGCGAGAGGGAAGUUUUUCUUCUGGACAUCUGCCUCCUUAUCCCCGAGACGCGCGAGGUCCGCCGCGCCAUCAGUCGAAGCCUCGGCCUCCGUGGCUCCACCCCAGGGCCGACCGACCCCGGCGUGCGCCCGAAGAUAAGCGGUCGCCUCGGGCGCUCGCGCCAGCUCCCGGGCCGGACCCUCCCUGGGGCCUGGCUGCCCUCCGGACGGUCCCAAGUCAGCCAGUGGGCCCUGCCCCGGGCCCCUGGCCGCUAACGCCGACCUGGCCUCCGGCCGCCCGCCUCCGUUUCCCCUCGCGCCGGCGCUAUGGCGACAGUCACGAGACGCCGGCGGCCCCUGCGCCCGCCAAUGGGAGCGCACGUCGCAGGGAGACGCGGACGUCGCUCUUCCAAGAUGGCGGCGCGUCCGUCGCGAGCAGCCGGGCCGGGGGGAAGCCAGCGAAGCCAAGUAAAGCCGCCGCCCGGGAGAGGACUGAAGGAGCUGUUGCCGCCGUUGGCGGCGGCUCAGGCAGUUUUCGCUGCUGCUACGGCUGUUGCCAUGCGGCGAGGCUAGGGAGGAGCUCACUUCCCCGGGGUGUAAUAAUGUUAACAGAGACCAGUCUGUCCAUAUGGGGAUGGGGAAGCCUUGGCAUUGUCCUUUCUCUAAUAACAUUUGGACCCUUUGUAAUAUUUUAUUUGGCAUUUUAUAUCCUCUGCUUUGUGGGUGGGGGUUUUGUCGUUACUCUCCUGUUUGGAAAAACAAACUCAGAAAAGUACCUAGAGCAGUGUGAACAUUCAUUUCUCCCUCCAACAUCAACUGGGAUUCCUAAGUGCUUAGAAGAAAUGAAACGGGAAGCCAGAACUAUAAAGAUUGAUAGAAGAUUGACAGGUGCCAAUAUAAUUGAUGAACCUCUCCAGCAAGUUAUCCAGUUUUCCUUGAGGGAUUAUGUCCAGUAUUGGUAUUAUACACUAAGUGAUGAUGAAUCUUUUCUUCUUGAAAUUAGGCAGACUCUUCAGAAUGCACUCAUUCAGUUUGCUACUAGGUCUAAAGAAAUAGACUGGCAACCUUAUUUUACUACACGCCUUGUAGAUGAUUUUGGCACACACCUACGAGUAUUCAGAAAGGCCCAACAAAAGAUAACAGAGAAGGAUGAUCAAGUGAAAGGUACAGCAGAAGAUCUUGUAGAUACCUUCUUUGAAGUUGAAGUUGAAAUGGAAAAGGACGUUUGCCGUGACUUAGUGUGCACUUCUCCCAAAGAUGAAGAAGGAUUCCUAAGGGAUUUGUGUGAGGUCUUAUUAUAUUUAUUGCUACCUCCUGGAGAUUUCCAGAACAAGAUCAUGCGAUACUUUGUCAGGGAAAUCCUUGCACGUGGAGUUCUUCUUCCAUUGAUAAAUCAACUCAGUGAUCCUGAUUAUAUUAAUCAAUAUAUCAUAUGGAUGAUCCGUGAUUCUAAUUGCAACUAUGAGGCCUUUAUGAACAUUAUUAAAUUGAGUGACAAUAUUGGAGAGCUCGAAGCAGUCAGAGAUAAAGCAGCAGAAGAAUUACAGUAUCUUCGAUCUCUAGAUACAGCUGGUGAUGAUAUCAACACCAUCAAGAAUCAAAUAAAUAGCUUAUUAUUUGUGAAGAAAGUAUGUGACUCAAGAAUACAACGGUUGCAGUCAGGCAAAGAAAUAAAUACUGUGAAACUGGCAGCAAACUUUGGGAAACUUUGCACAGUUCCCCUGGACAGCAUUCUUGUAGACAAUGUUGCACUACAGUUUUUUAUGGACUACAUGCAGCAAACUGGAGGUCAGGCACAUCUCUUCUUUUGGAUGACAGUGGAAGGAUACCGCGUUACAGCCCAGCAGCAGCUAGAAGUUUUAUCAAGUCGUCAGAAAGAUGGAAAACAUCAAACCAACCAAACCAAAGGUCUUUUAAGAGCAGCUGCUGUUGGAAUUUAUGAACAGUAUUUAUCAGAAAAGGCAUCUCCAAGAGUUACUGUUGAUGAUUAUUUGGUAGCAAAAUUAGCAGAUACUUUGAAUCAUGAAGAUCCAACCCCUGAAAUCUUUGAUGACAUUCAAAGGAAGGUGUAUGAAUUGAUGCUUCGAGAUGAAAGAUUUUAUCCUUCCUUCAGACAGAAUGCACUUUAUGUGCGCAUGUUAGCUGAACUGGAUAUGUUAAAAGAUCCUAGUUUCAGAGGAUCAGAUGAUGGUGAUGGAGAAUCUUUUAAUGGGUCUCCUACAGGAAGCAUAAAUUUGUCUUUAGAUGACCUUUCAAAUGUAUCUUCUGAUGACUCAGUACAACUUCACGCUUACAUUUCAGACACUGUAUAUGCUCACUAUGACCCAUAUGCUGUGGCAGGCGUUUGUAAUGAUCAUGGAAAGACAUACGCGUUGUAUGCCAUCACUGUACACCGGCGCAAUGUGAACACUGAGGAGAUGUGGAAAACCUAUCGUCGUUACAGUGACUUCCAUGACUUCCACAUGAGGAUCACCGAACAGUUUGAAAAUCUGUCAAGCAUAUUAAAGCUUCCUGGUAAGAAGACUUUUAAUAAUAUGGAUAGAGAUUUUUUAGAAAAGAGAAAAAAAGAUCUAAAUGCAUAUUUGCAGUUACUGCUGACUCCUGAAAUGAUGAAGGCGUCCCCAGCCCUGGCUCACUGUGUGUGUGAUUUCCUUGAGAACAAAGCCUACAGCAAAGGGAAGGGCGACUUCGCUCGCAAGAUGGACACAUUUGUAAAUCCACUUCGAAAUUCUAUGAGGAAUGUUUCAAAUGCAGUCAAAUCCCUUCCUGAUAGCUUGGCGGAGGGAAUGACUAAAAUGUCAGACAACAUGGGCAAAAUGUCAGAAAGAUUAGGUCAAGAUAUAAGGCAAUCAUUUUUCAAGGUUCCUCCUUUAAUUCCGAAGACUGAUUCAGAUCCUGAACAUUGUCGAGUUUCAGCUCAACUUGAUGAUACUGUGGAUGAUAAUAUUCCUCUUAGGGUAAUGCUGCUUCUCAUGGAUGAAGUGUUCGACUUAAAAGAGAGAAAUCAGUGGUUGCGAAGGAAUAUCAAAAACCUACUUCAACAACUUAUAAGAGCUACAUAUGGUGAUACUAUUAAUAGAAAAAUAGUUGACCAUGUUGAUUGGAUGACCUCACCGGAGCAAGUAGCCGACUUAGUGAAACGUUUCAGAGAUGCCUUUUGGCCAAAUGGCAUUUUAGCCGAGACUGUCCCGUGCAGAGAUAAAGGUAUUCGAAUGAGAACAAGAGUUGCAGGAAAAACUAAAUUACUUUCAAUUAUGCCAGAUGAACUGAAGCACAUUAUUGGAGCUGAGACAACUCGGAAAGGUAUUCUUCGUGUUUUUGAAAUGUUUCAGCACAACCAGUUAAAUAGGAGAAUGGUUUAUGUCUUUUUGGAAGGCUUUUUGGAAACCUUAUUUCCACAGUAUAAAUUCCGUGAACUUUUCAACAAACUGCAUUCACGGUCAAAGCAGAUGCAAAAAUAUAAACAGAAACUUCAAACUACUCAAGCGCCUUCUUUACAGAAAAGGUGA